AUGGCGACCAAUGGCUCAAGUGACGUGUGGGUCUGGGACCCUCUGAGUGAAACAGCUGACUUCGUUCAUCCAGGAGAGCUCCCCAAUGAUCGGCAGGUGGCCAAGACUCGGCUCAUCAAUGGGGUCUCGGGUCCUUUUUUGGCGAAGAUUACACCAGUGAUUCUGGCAGGUUACAACCAAGGCCAAGGCAUAGCUACGGUCGAACGUGAUGGUGGCCGAAUGGAGGAGGUGCCCAAAAGUCGGGUGCUCCCUUGGUGCGAAGGCUUAUUGAUGCUCCAAGCCCUCAGGGCUUCACGUCUUGAGGUCCAAUGGUUCACUCGCAACUUGGAACACUUGCUGAAUGUGCAACUUUCCACCAAGAUGUCCGGGCUAUGCGCACAUGUCUAUGUGCAAGAGCGACUCUUGAACGAAGCAGUCACAGGUGCCAGAUACCAAGACAUGAAUCGAGUCACCCACAACUUUCGUCGCCGGGGCUUGCUGCAAAAAGAGAAUCCGAAGGAUCCAGCAACCCAAGAGGAGGUCCUUGGAUUUUGGAAGAUCGAGAAAAUCGCCGGCUACAUGCCACCCUGGGAAGCGUAUCACGAGUUCGGCAUCUACCAGGAUUUCUACCUUAUUCACUGGGAACAUCCCUUUUCUGAUGUGGAUUACUCCAGGACUGAGAAUGGAUUCUGUACGCUGGGUGCAACCUGGGAGCCUGAUGAAUGUCUUCCACCCCAACUCGACCGCAUCAGACUACGAGAGAAGAAAUCCUGGAUCGAGCGGCGAAAAGACGCAGAGGUCCGAAUGGUUCUGGAGGCCAAGAACGGUGGCCGGAAGCGUCAAAGAGUCAGCUGCCAUGCGCAGACCCCCGUGGCGAAGUUCUGUCGACGCGGUCAGCCUUUGCUCCGGGACCUCUUUCGCUUCAAGGUGGGACAUGAUUUUCAUCCAGAGGAAGUCGAGGACAACAUCCGGACAGGAUGGCCAUUGAAUGCCCAUGAGUAUCCGGAGGGCUAUGGGGUUGCAGCUCCGCCUGGCUUUUGCAGAAAAAGAUGCAAUUGCAUGGAUGAUGGUCGCGUGCAGGACAGGUGGGAAAUGGAGAAGCCGUGGCUUGAGGAACCUGCAAGAAGUCGGGCGGUUGACACAGUCAUCCACAACUUGUCCAACCAAUUGCCUGCCUUUGUGAGGCGUCGAGGUCAAGUGACCAACUUGUAUCUUGUUCCAAGAGGCCCAAAGGUUUGGCGUUUUUUUUUCUGA